UUUUUCGAAUUAAGCUUUUACAAAGUAUAGUUUGAACGAAACAUGAUGAAAUCACAAGCAGACACAAGACUUAGUAGCACAAGAAUCCAUUAACAAUUAUAUUAUUGUUAUAAAUUAGCAAGAUUUUGKAUCCAAUGUGAUUUGAUAAUUAUUCUAUAACAUAUCUGAUCGAACCAAAAUCUAAACUGUUAGAUAUAGCUUUCUCCUAAUUUGAUUUCACUUUUACAGAUAUUGUGUAAUUCAUGGAGGUUGUAGUUGACUUAAAGAUUCCACUUGACUUAAAGAUUCCACUUGAGAAGAUACUAAAAGCCACAAACAACUUUGACCCAAGAAAUUUCAUUGCCAAGGGUGGAUUUGGGAGUGUGUAUAAAGGUGUUCUCUCAUGGUCUGAUAGAAUCAUCACCGUGGCGGUGAAGAGAUUAGAUCCUWAUUCUGAUCAAGGAAAUCAAGAAUUCUUGAUGGAAAUCACAAUGCUUUCWAGUUAUAAACACAAAAAUCUCGCCUCUCUUGUUGGUUUCUGCGACGAGGGUGCAGAAAAAGUAGUUGUUUAUGUGCAUGAGAGUAAAGGGAGCCUUGACCGCURUAUAAGAGAUCCAAGCCUCACCUGGAUGCAGCGUCUUGAAAUUAGCAUCGGCGCUGCCAAGGGAUUAGAUUAUCUUCACGAUGGUGUAGGACCACAACAUAGAKUCCUACACCGGGACAUAAAGAGUGCAAACAUUUUGUUGAAUGACGAUUGGGAAGCAAAAGUAUCGGAUUUUGGAUUAUCUAAGAUAGGUCCCUCAAAUUUACGGAAUACUUUUCUAGUUACCAAUGCUUGUGGUACUUUCGGCUAUCUUGAUCCAGUAUAUUAUAAGAGCGGAGUUCUAACAAAGAAAUCAGACGUAUAUUCAUUCGGAGUGUUAUUAUUUGAAAUCUUGUGUGGGCGACUGGCAUGCAGCGAAGAAUAUGAAGAUGGAAAAAGGUUUCUAGGUCCAUUGGCUAAAAGAAAGUAUGAAGAGGACAAAUUGGAUGAGAUCAUUGAUCCCAAUUUGAGGAAGCAAAUGAAGUUGAAUUCACUUAUCACAUUCUCCACGAUUGCAUAUCAUUGCUUGAAAAGCAAUCGAAGUGAACGCCCAACAAUGGCUCAGGUUGUUGAAAAACUUGAGAAUGCAUUUUCACUUCAAGCUUCUCUCAAAAUCGCCGAAAUUGCUCGGGUUGGAGUAUGGGGAACUAAAUCUAGUGGAGGUCCCCAAAAUCGUUGGGCUUUCCUACUUGAAAAAGAUCAUAAACUGAAAUUUAUAACAAUCGAUCAUGGUGAUCUAAUAUACUCUCUCAUGUUCACUAGUGAAUCAAAGGGUGUUUUGUACCCUUCUAAGAAGGCUGGUGGGUGGAAUGGUGGAGACACAGUUUCUAAGGUUAUGUUUGAAGACGACGAGGAAAUAAUUGGGAUUAAUGGAACAGUUGGGGUAACGGGUAGUUACACAAUAAUUUCAUCACUAUCCUUCAUUACGAACAAGAUGACCCAUGGACCUUUUGGUCGUGCAACAGACACUCCUUUCUGGGUACCAUGGGGUAAAGGAAAUUUUGGUGGAUUUUAUGGCUUUGCUGGAUACUAUAUUGAUGCCAUUGGUGUCUAUAUGAAAGCUUCUUCUGAAGAAUUCGAAAUUGCACGAACCGGAAUUUGGGGAACCGAAUCUCUUGGAGGUCCCCAAAACCAAUGGUCUUUCCAACUUGAGAAAAAUCAUCAUUUGAAGAAGAUAACCAUUGAUCAUGGUGAUCUAAUAUACUCUCUCAUGUUCACCACUGAAUAUAGGGGAAUAGAGCAUCCUUCGGACAAGGCUGGUGGUUGGAAUGGGGGAGACAAAGUAUCUGAGGUUACAUUUGCUUGGGAUGAGGAAAUCAGUGCUAUCAGCGGAACGGUUGGAGUCUCAGGGGGUUAUACGAUAAUAUCAUCCCUAUCGUUCAUCACAAACAAACAAACCCAUGGACCUUAUGGUCGUGCAUCAGGAACACCUUUUACAGUACCAUGGGACAAAGGGACAUUUGUUGGAUUCUAUGGCCUUGCUGGCUAUUAUAUUGAUGGCAUCGGAGUGUAUUUGAAAGCAACUAUAUGACCAGCCAUCUUAUGCUAAGCGCCUAAGYGCAACGUAGAAARAACCUUUUCUUGCUAUGAAUUUUUAGAAUCCUUAGACAUUACCUUUGUUGUGCACGUAAAGAUUGUUGCAUAAAGAACAAAAUGGAGAAUGAACUUCUUUACUUUGA